AUGUCUCCCAAGGUCCUCGUCGUUCUCACCUCGGCCAACGAGAUCCCCAAGAUCCAGAAGCCCACGGCCCGAGUUCGCCCACCCCUGGAAGUCCUCCAUGAAAAGGUCUCUUUGACCAUCGCCUCCCCCAAGGGCGGCGAGUCCCCUCUGGACCCUUCCUCCGUCGAGAUGUUCAAGUCCGACGAGACUUCCACCAAAUUCCUCGCAGAGCAAAAGGCUCUCUGGACCAACACCGAGAAGCUCUCCGAUGUUCUCGCCCGUGCCGAUGAAUUUGACGCUCUCUUCUACGUCGGCGGUCACGGUCCCAUGUUCGACCUCGUCACAGACUCCACCUCUCUCUCCCUCAUUCAAACCUUCGCCGCCGCCAAAAAGCCCGUCGCAGCUGUCUGCCACGGUCCCUGCGUCUUCCUCAACGCCACCUCUCCCUCGGGCGUUCCGCUCAUCUCCGGUGCCACCGUGACCGGUUUCUCCAACACCGAGGAGGACCAGGUCCAGCUCUCGGACGCAAUGCCCUUCAUGCUGGAGACCGAGCUGCAAAAGGUUUCGGGCGGUGGCUACGUCAAGGCUGAUGAGCCCUGGGGUGAGAAGGUCGUCGUCUCCAAGACCGCCGGUCUGGGGGGUCCUUUGAUCACCGGUCAGAACCCUGCUAGCGCGACUGGAGUCGGUAAGGCUAUUCUGCAGGCUCUGGGCUUGUAA